AUGGACGGGAAGCUCGGCGACCCGUUCUUCGUCACGGGCGGCGGCAGCAGCGGCAUCCACCCAAUCGGCACGGAAGUCGAAGCGGGGGCCGGACUCGCCAACGACUUGAAAUCCUGCGACACGUCUGACCACAAAAGGCCUAGGUCGACCCCCCUACCACUGCCUUCCAACCGAGGAAACUUCUUUUCGUCUGGAAGCGAAGAGUACACCUUGUCGGCGCGCCGAGAUGUCAGAACGGCUGAUGAUGCGAACUGCUUGGGCCAUCGCAGACUUUGCUUUCGCUCGGAGCCCAUCCACGACCUGCAUGUGGCUACCCUUAAAACCAUCGACCCGACCGGGAUCUACGGCAUGUACCAGGAGUGGUCAAACAUAAAAAACCGAGUUCUUUCAAGAGGAUUCGCCGAACAGCGAUCGGACUUGGCGCUUUACGACAGGCUACGUAAGGAGGCCGAAGACGACAAGGCUAGCUCCGACAACGAUGCGAGCAUCGACAAUGCUGUCGUCGCCUCAGGCACUAAUAGUAUGGAGGAGGCUUAUCGCACUCGCUCGCCGUCAUCAGUAUCGCCACCGCCCGCGGCCGAAGCCAUCGACGAGAAUGAAUCGAUACCUCCGGAAGUCGUACGCGACGGAAACGGGAUAGCGGCGAGGAGGCGGCGCCGGCGACUGAAAGAUGCUCACUCGUUUGAGCCAGAAGGACACGCGGCCAACCUGGACUACGCGCGAAACCUCCACAAGGAGCCGGGCCUGCCGCCGUUGCGCCUCCUGCGCGAGUCCAGCGAGGGCGCCCUAAGACUGGCACACAUGGCGCUCGGUGAUCGUCACGUGAUGGCCCUCAUGAGUUCCCUCGACCACCUCCCCGGUCUCACAUCUAUCGACAUUGCGGACAACAGGAUUGGGAGCACUGCAAUGCGGACGGUUUUGGCCAUAGCUGAAGCAAAAGGGGUGCUACAUCUCGACUUGUCGCUAAAUCACGUCGACCGAGUUUCCGCUGGCCUGCUCUGCAAGUACCUGACCAGGUCUUCUGGCCUGGUUUCUCUCUUAGUCAAGAGCUGUGGAAUGAGUGCUCUUGCCUCGGCGGCGAUCAUGGUAGCCGUCGCGACAAACACGACCCUCAAGACGUUGAACCUCAGCGGUAACAACAUGGGCGGAACAAGCGAUCUUAUCGCUUCUCAUCAUCAUCAACAACGAGGUUCAGCCGCGUCAGCCGCUGCCGGAGUCGGCGGCAGUGGGGGAGAGGUUGGUGGAGCCGAUCGGCUGACAGGCGGCGCCUCAGUCGCUCUGGCUCUUGAUUCGAACAACUCGCUGACCUACCUAGACCUUUCCUGGAACAAGAUAGGAGAAAUCAACGCGGCCCCCAUCGGGUUGGCGCUCGAGAACAACCAUGCGCUGCGGUGGCUAAGCCUCGCCGGCAACAGGCUGGGUGACCAGGGAGCGUUCAGCCUUGGGGAGGCGCUCGGGGUCAACUGUUCCCUCACCCAUCUAGACGUCAGCUUCAACGGAAUCUCGUGCUCGGGAGCGGCAGCGUUGGGUCACGGGCUGAGAGGAAAUACCGCCAUCAAGAACUUCCAGGUGGGCCUUUCGACCUCGAUCUAUUCAACGCUAGCGAACGAGCCACGGCACAGGAUAUACUUUUCGCAGGGAGCUACCUCGCAGGGUGCCGCCUUGCAGAGGAAUCUGCAGCUUGUAAGGCCAUCGCCCGACGCAGCGGUGCUGCAGCCUCGGGGUAUUAUUGUCAAUGCUGCGGAAGGAGAAGGGAGUCUUCAGGGUGAUGUUCCGUUAGAGUUUUGCGCCAGGUCAUACUCCGACCAACAGACGACGCUGGCAGCGCUAUCCGUUCGUGUCCACGGGGAGCAUGAAGCGUGGCCGCUCCCAACGAAGGGGAGACUAACGGGAUUGGUGGAAUUCAUCCCCUUACCCCCGUGUAUGGCGAGCGUAUGCAACGCCACCGGGUUGCGAGGGCUUCUCGCGGCGAUGAACGGCUGUUUUGACACCAGGGUGGAGGUUUUCCGGCUGUUCGUGGCCGAUCUGUUCAUGACAACCAACCAAGUCCAAUGGCUGAUCGAACAGCUAGCUGGGGGGCCGAAUGUGCUCAACAGCGCCGAGAUGCUGAAAAUGAUGGCAGCCGUGUCGCCUCAGCUAUUCGACAAUACCGGGCUGCCAGACCUGAUUGAGCGGAAUCUGUCUCCCAUGGGAAGGAAGAUGCUCGAGGUGCAACUAGGACAGGCGUACCCGGCGUUUACGGGCGGUGUCAGUGGACCGUUCUUGCUGGAUCUGCGGUUUUCUAGGCAUCGGUUGGCGGCGGUUAGGUUGGCCGAGGCAGAAAACUUUCAAACUCGGGCGACAGUAUGGCGACACCGCGAGAGAACGAAGGAGUCGAAGACGAGAAGCAAAGCGAGGAGGAGGGUGCUGAUAGAGGAGCGUGUCGCGAGAAGCAUGUGCUACACGAGCUGCGGCAAUGGUGUGGCUUCAGGUCUCCGCGACAAACCAACCGGAGUGCUCGAGCUGGAAUUCGUGUGCCUGUCUAGGCCGCCCGAAGGGACGCAACCCAUCAGUGAUCGGCGUCUUGCGCGGUUACUCAACAGCUGUGGCAUGUUGGACCCACACUAUUGGUCGGAGUACAUGCGGCCAACGAGUUUCCCCGUAUCGUUCGUCGACCUCAUACGCCUGCUGCGGGUUAAGGGGAGGGGCGACAAGAGGCAGGCAAAGAUCUUGGUGCUCUUGCUGAGGGUAAAGAACUCCAUGUUACGCGCCGCUCGGGUGGCAAGACCGCGACAAGGAUUGACCGGCAUGCGCUGCGUACGAUACCGGGUCGGCGGCGCGGCGAGCGCGAUCGUAGGGUCCACUAGGUCGACGCCGACUCUCGCGUCUACCGUGGUGAGCGCCACCUCCAGGUCUCCGAAGAAGACCGCAACUUGUGCGCCAGCGGCGGCGGCUACUGGACACGACUCUUCCGUGACGUCACCUGAGGUUGGACCCGCUUCGGGCAAGGGGGAUAGAGCUGACGGGGGCGUUUCCCCGCCUGAGCAUUUGGAUCCGAGUCGACGUGACGAAACAUCUGUCAGGACCGCUGCCGCCUCUGGUGCUGCGGACGACAGCCCAGACAAGGACAAACAUCACGGUAGCGAGGAGCAGAAGCAGGUCGCCCGAGUGACGGAGGAGGAACUCACGCCCGUACAAGCGGCCGUCCUGGCGGUUGACAAAAGACUUAAAGGCUUGCUGGAAGCGGGGGGGAUUCUUCGCGGCACCACCAGCGGACGCGAGUGUCUACAAGGAUUCCCCCGAGGGACGCCUGUUUGGGAAAACCACUGCGGCAGGGUUGGGGGUCGAGAUGAAGGCGGCGGUGGUGGACGUCGUGUUGUCGGCGCCAGCGAUGUCGUCGACGACGAAGAUGUGGCGGGCGGCGCCAUGGGGUGGGCGAGGAAAUUCUGCGAGUCCGACGAUGGUCGUUUUCCCUCUGACGAAAGCGGGGAAGGUAUUUCUCUGGGCAAGGUGUUGGCGAAGCACGUGGUACGUGACGGGGACGUGGGACUGGUAGGGACCAGCCCGCCGACGCUGCUAGUGCAUGGCUUAUGCAUCCGCGUGAGGCACGCGGAGAGCAAUCGUGUCCUGAGGGUCAAGCGGCACCCACCGGCCAGCGGCCACGGCGAGGACAACGCCGAAAGACAUGAGGAUGAGUGGGCAUCGGUAGCUCGUCAAGGAGUGAAGGGGUGUCGCUUGAGGAUCGGCACCAAGAAAGAAGUGGCGUCCGCGCUGGCGGCGACCUUUGCCGGUCUCACCAAGCAGCCGAACCUGGCUAGCACCAGCACCAGCAGCGCGGCCACGCCGCGUACCCUUGGCACGCUGGAUAUGACCACAGACAAAGGAUGGCGAGAGCUUUUCGUCCCGCCGGAGCUCUUAGUCUCGACCGCCGUCACAGAGGCCGGGCCGCUGCAGCUAACGCUCUUGGUGGUGAACACCAGCCCCGAACCCAAUCUCUCGCAAUCCCUGGCUCAGCUGCGGGUGAGGCUGGGCGGUUCCUGGCUUUCUAGCGCUCAGGCGGCCACCGUUGCAGCCGUCGUUCCGCGUGUACUCGGCGGAGUGCACUACCGAGUGGAUGUGGCAGUGUUCCUCUUCAGCCGAGUGGUGGAUCUGGAAAACUACCGACAGGUGAUUGAGACCCUCCACGAGAGAAAACGACCGCAGUUGCUCCUCCGCCUCGGCAAUCUGGACGCCUUGUGCCCAGUACCCGCGUUGUCAUCAGCAGCAGCAGCGACGUCGACAAAAUCAGGAACAGCUCCAAUUACAAGGCUUAGCAGUUCUGCCUGACCGAGAAGGGUUGGCCGCACCGCCUUGUCAUCAAAGAAGCUCGAAAGAUAAUAACGAGAGUAUCAUCCCGACCACAGGUUCACAUUACAUUUGAUUCACUUCAAAAUUGCGCCAGGCUGGAUCUGUAGCUCGUUCUUUUUUUGCACCUGGUGGGGUGGGAGAAGGAUGAUGGAGGGAGGUGAAAACCAACAAAACAGGUCGUCACCUCUAGGUCUGGAGAGCGUACUAUUUCUUGGAAGGCGAAUGAACGCAGCCCGUCUGUGGUGAUGUGUCAACCACACCUUUUCGUGCGAAAGGGGUCGGAUAUCGUUGGUGGUAUGCUCGGCUGGAAACGGUCUCUGAUUGUCAUGCUUUGUCGCAUGUCAGGGGCUUCAUCUCGCUUGUAGCAGGAACUCACCCCAAUCCGCACAACGCCACACACCCACAGAUACAUAUUGUAGGCCGAUCGGGGUGAUAGUUUUCGAAGCAGCCCCGACGAAUAUAUUGUGCCGUCGCGGUGGAGCCAACUUGUUAACGCGCGCCUCAAUCGACGCACGCAACGUUUGUUACGAGAAGCAGCUAGGGCGCGCCGCCCGGAAGGCUGCAAAACCCUGCGCCAGUGUACCUAGCGCAUCGAUAAUGCAAGCGUCUGUCCAUGGUGUGCGUGCCCCGUUUACACAAAUCGAGUCUCGUUCCAGAAGGAAAAAAAAAAUGGAGUAAAAAUUAAAAUCGCGGACCGUCUCCAAAAGUAGGCACCCGCCAGCCAGAGAGAUCUUCGCGAGGUGACCUGCGCACAAGAAACACACAACAAUACGGGCCCAACAACAAGCAUCCCACAACGCAGCAGGCGAAGCUCUUGCAUGCGUUUUACCACACGCGAGUCCUGCCCGGAAGACUUGACCCGCUUGGAAGCCGUUUGCCACGUGUACGUACCUCAAUACCCUUCCCUUCCCUUUCGUCUGAAACAAACCCCCAAAGAACAGCCCGCUGCAAUGAAAAGCGGAAAUUAAAGAGAGAGAGAGAGAGCAACACACCGUUACGAGUGUAAACAAGACGCACAUGCAUACAGACAUACAGACAUACAAACGACACAACCCAGGUUUAUCGACCGCAGGGCUUUAGGGGCAAAAAAAUGCCUACGCGCGAGACCGCAUAUAUGUGCAAUAUACGCAUAUCAUAUGUACGCCAAACUCGCCCCACACCAGUACAGUACCACUUAAGGUGUGGCGGCCAGCCUAGUUCUACAGGCGGAUCAAGUCCAAGCAAGCCCAAAUGUCUGCCGCCGAUAUACCGGUUGCCCGCCCGGGGUAUAUCAUACACCCAUUCUUGCACCACUGCCGUAGCUUUCACUGUGAUGUCAAAAGCAGUCCUACCGGCCUCCAGGGGGGCGACAUAUCUAGUACCAGGUAUCUUACAGCAGGCCGGUCGGUGCUACGUCGAGACCUCAGUCAAAGUCGAACGGCGGCAAGAAGCAAAAAAAAAAAAAAUACAACGGCAGCUAGACGACGACUUUCCGGCGCAUCAUGCCCGAGGCACUCGCGGCACAACAACUCGUACCCCAUCUCACUCCUAGCUCUCCUCUGUGCUUGUCCCUCGUUCUCUCCCCGUUCAUCGGCCCUUCCCUCUGCCCGCUUUCGCGAUGCCAAGCACGAGCCGGCCAGGAGCAAGUGCGAGGCGGCAUCGCAACCCACCCUAGCUGCUCUCCCGCUUCCUCCCAGACAUCGAAACACAUGAUACUGUUGUACGCAAGAAAGAGGACGAGUGCUCGCCCUCUCCCUCUGUGUCGGCGUGUUUAUCUCUCUCGGCGCUGCUGCUUCUGUAGCAAUUGCUGCGAGCCAAACCCAAAUUGUGUCCAGUGACGCACGCCCAGUCCAGUUUCUCUCAACACCAACCUAUCAGCCUCAAGAGACAAGAACGGGAAGCCGCGCCGGUUUCCCAUGACACACCCGCACGC